AUGGACGUCAUGGACGGAUUGCAAGACGAAGACCAGGAAAUUGAAGCUAUUAAAGCUAAGGUGCAAGAGAUGGAGGAGGAAGCAGAGAAGCUGAAGCAGCUACAGAACGAGGUGGACAAGCAGAUGCGCGGGGAAACUCCCGGCAUGGGCAGUCCAUCUGGCCCCACUUUCCAGACCCUGGAGCAGAAGGUGGAGACGGACUCGCGGUCCGUCUACGUCGGCAACGUGGACUACGGCGCCACGGCGGAAGAACUCGAGCAGCACUUUCACGGCUGUGGCGCCGGCGUCGUCCGCGUCACGAUCCUGUGUGACAAGUUCACGGGCCACCCCAAGGGUUUCGCAUACGUGGAAUUUGCCGACAAGGAAGCUGUGAGCAACGCGCUCGCACUGGACGAGUCGUUGUUUCGAGGACGGCAGAUCAAAGUGUUGCCCAAGCGCACGAAUACACCGGGCAUGUGCAUGACGAAUCGGGGCGGACGCGGUGGUGGCGGCGGGAGAGUGGCCCGAGGCGGCGGAGGGCGAAUUUUUGGGAUUUUUGUGUGUGUCUGCGCGUGCGUGCGAGCGAGAGAAGACCCGAGAAAGAUGGACGUUGGGGCUUUUGGAGCAGGCAAAGCUGGGAUGCCUUUUGAUCCCAUCAAGUUUGUGCAGAGGCCGCAGACCAUUGUUCGCUUUCUCUGUUGGUUGUUUGCGAUCAUCGUGUUUGGUUGCAUAUCCUCGCAAGCGUGGAACGAAAAAGAGGACGGCACGGACGUCUGCAUUAUUGGCGAUUCGAGAAAUGCUUGCAAUUACCCAGUUGGGAUCGGUGUCAUCGCAUUCCUGGCCUCGAUGGGUUUUCUUGUUGGGGACGCCAUGUUUGAGCAGUUCUCCAGUGUGAAGACGCGCAAGCAUUACGUGCUUCUCGAUCUCGGGUUCUCUGCAUUCUGGGCAUUCUUGUACUUCGUCGGGUUUUGCUACGUGGCUAGCAAAUGGAGCAGCAGUCCAUCCCCACCUGGAGGAUACGGCACGAGUAAUGUGAACGGAGCCAUUGCUUUCCAGUUGUUCUCCAUCUUCACUUGGGGGGCCUGUGCGUGGUUCGCGUACACUCGUUAUAAGCAAGGAUCAGAUUCCGCAUUUGCGCCAAAUUAUGAUGCCGAAGGUGUUGGUGGCGUUGGCGCUCCGUACUCGUAUCCUGGUGCAGCAGAUCCCAUGGGUGGUUAUCAGGAUCCUCCUUUCUCCGGCGGGGAUCCCAAAGAGAUCACCCCGAAGAUGAACGAGGAAUCUGAACUUCCUGAUGCGCACUCCGAGUCACCCACGACAUUGUCUCGUGGUUCCUCUCGAUCCAAGGAAUCGGAAUGCAAAUCUUCGUCAGGAGGCCUAUUGCCAUGGGAUCAAUUUUGCAAUUGGGUCCACUGUGUUUGUGUCGUGACUUUUGAUCUUGAAUUGGGCCAAGCCAUGGAGUUCAUGUACCCGGCUCACGUUACCUUGAAUGAAGAAGAAAAAAUGAACGUGUGUUACUUGGCUUUCCCGGACUCUAAUUCUGGACUCAUGGGUGACACCAUUUACCAUUUUCGAAUCCAGAAUUCGAAUGCAAAGCAGUUCAGCGGCCCCUUUCUGGAAACUUUCGACCGUAAUUGUCCCGCCCCGCUCCAGUGUUCGCCGUCUCAUCUCCACGGGUUUGUAUAUUUUCGGCAAGUGAAGGACAAAACGCUUCCACGGAAUUAUUUUCAAAAGUCGGUGGUUCUUCUAACGCGAUUGCCGUUUAUCGGUGUAUUCAACCGAGUCAUAGAGGUUCUCGCCCCGUGCUUCUUCGAUGAUGGCCAGGAAGUUCUGGAGAAGUUUUGUAGAGAAGUGGACAAGUGGCCAACCCCACUACCCGGGGACAUUCUGACUCUGCACUUCCUGGGGGUGGAUCUCCAAGUCCGCAUUCCGUCCCGAAACGACAAGAUGGGCAGUACAGUGGCUACAAGCGGAACUGCAACUCCCGUCAAGGAUGAUUCGGAGUCGAGCAAUAGUGAAGGGCUGCCUUCGCCCGCUCGUCCGUUGUUACGAUGUGAUCCCGGGCUGGUGAAUCUCCAAGAACUCGACGGCAGCCUUUUCAACGUUUUCAGCGCCGUUUUCACGCAUGUGCACCUCUUGUGGGAGCUGAUGAUCACUGCGGAGCCUGUGGUGGUCAUGGCGCCGACCCCUGCCACUGCCGCCGGUACAGUUCAAGGACUCCUCAGUCUCAUUUGGCCGUUGAAAUACUGCGCGGAUUACCGGCCCUACUUCACCAUUCACAAUUCAGAGUUCAAGGACCUGACAGCAAAGACGCAGUUGCCGCCACCAAUCGUGCUCGGUGUGACGAACCCGUUCUUCGCCAAGAGUCUGCAACACUGGCCGCAUAUCAUCCGGCUGGAUGAGAUCCUAGUUGGGUCUCCGUGCAGAAGCAGUGGCAAGCAGAAGCUGAAAAAAGCAACUGCGCUCAAGACACUCAACUCGAAGCCCGGUGUGUACACGCAAUACAAGCCUUUUCUUACCAAAGAUAAGACGAUCCUGAAGAAGCUAGUUCGCGGGUUGCAGACAAACCGACCUGUUCAAGUUCAGAGCGCCCUCUUGCGACGACACCUCAUUGAACUCACGCAAAGCUUUAUGAUCCCGUUGGAACGGUAUAUUGCCACUUUAAUGCCGUUGCAGAAGAGUAUUUGUCCCUUCAGAGCUCCUCCAUCACUGCGGCCCUUCAACCCCGACGAGUUCCUGGCGACGCUGGACUCGGCUGGCCCGCAACUGACGACGGGCGUGAAGGGUGACUGGGCCGCUCUUUACAAGCGGUUCUUCCGGUCACCCAACUUCAGCGGCUGGUUCAACGCCCGCUACAAGGAGGUGCACCAGAAGCUGCAGGUGCUGCACUGCACGGCCCUCGCCGAGGCGGACCUCGUGGCCUGGCUUAAGGGCAAGACCGAGGUGGAGAUCGUGGACAUGUACCUGCGUCUCCAGCUUGAGAUGAACAAGUGCCAGCGUCACAAGGACCCACUGCCGGUGCCCGCAGGCACGGCGGACAGUCUCAAGCAGCGCAUGGCGGACAUUUCCCAGGCUGUUUUGCCGGAUCUCCGUUCCGUGCUCAAGAUUUCGCCGUCAUCCCUUUCGUUUUCCUCCUCGUCGUGA